CUUAGAAAAAGCAGUUGAAGUGUUCCAAAAACUCUUGACAAGAACCAAAAUGUGGGCAACUAUUCAUCCCAAAAUUCUCCAUAUAAAAAUUCAUUGCACUUCUCUGAAACCAAAUUGAAAGUUUUUUCAAGAACUCUGAAGAGAUGAUUUAUCUUCUGUUUACAAUUGUGUUGACAGAAAUGAGUUUGAUUCUGAUCCUUCUGUUCAGAAACCCUCUAAGGAAUUUGCUGGUCAUGGGGUUGGACCUGCUGAAGCAGGGGACAGGUCCCUUGAUUGCAAGGACUGUUGGAGCAACUGUAGUGGUUGUUUUUACCUCAACCUUAUUCACUGCAAUGGAGAUUCAGAAACGUUCAAAGGAUGGUGGUGUUAUCAAUCCAACAGAUGAAGUUCUCAUGGCUAAUCUCCUUCUUCAAUCAUCUCUUAUGGGAUUUUCUCUUUUCCUUGCACUAAUGGUAGAUAGACUACACUACUAUAUCAAAGAGGUCCAUUUGGUGAGGAGGCAAUUGGAACAAGCAAUGAACAUCAACAAGGAUCAUGAAGAGAGCAAGAAGGCGAAAGUUAGCCAACUAGAUUCUGAAGACAAAAGCUAGGCAAAGGAAAGCAGGUUCUUCAAGCAACAUUGAUGCAAGAAUAAACUUUGGACAUGAAUGUUUCUUUCCCUUAAUAAUAAUUUAAAUAACUUAUGUAUUAGUUUAUAUUGAGAAUAGAUAAAAAUGUAAAUUGUAAUAAUAUGAUUAUUGUACAUACAUAUGAUAAUAACAUCACAAAUAUGAAGAAUGCAGUCCCCUGCUAACACAGCUU